GACGGCUGAAAGAAAUGUUAGAAACUUUAUUAAAAUCUGGUUACAUUAAAUCUGAGUUUAAAACCAAUGAUGUAAUUCAUUUGGAACUCAUGCCACUUGGCUCAUCAUUAUUUCAAAAUAUUCAAAUUGAAUGGGCAAAAAAUAAAACCGAUUUAAAUAUUUAUACCGGGAAAAGUUAUGUAAGCCCACAACAAAUAUCUCAUUCUAACAAUGAAGCAAUGAAUUUUGUUAAAACAAAAUAUUUUAAAGAAAAUUUUUUAUUUUGUAAGGAAAAGCUUCAAAAUUAUUUUCCUUUGGCAAUCAAGACAUUUUUAACAACAAACCAGAUUGAUAUCAAUUCUAAAAUAAGUUUCCCACACAAAACGUUCAUGAUUUGUGAUUAUUUUUUUAAUGAAACUCAAGCUUAUGAAAAAUUUUCAAAAAUUCAGAGAGAAAGAAAAAUUUGGUGGAUGAAACAUUCAACAGACCCAGGAAGGUUUUUUUUGUCUGAUCUUAAAUCAGAUGUUAUUCAAAAACAUAAAGUUCAAACAGUAAAAAUUAAAGCAAAGUUUAGUUUUGGUGACAUAGAUUUAGAAAGCAUUGACGUAGUUCCAUUAAGAGCCUUGUUGCCGGAAGAUUACAAAGAAUUUUAUUUAUUUGAUAAAAAAUUAAAUAAAAAAUGCUGCCCCGUAGUUGUUCAUUCCGAAACUUGUGCAGAUGUAGGAACAAUAACUUUACUUUUAGAUGCUCUUGAAAAUUCUAAUUCAAACAAACUUAGUUUACAUAGAUGUGUUUCUCCAUAUCAAUGUUCCAUUUGCUGCUUAUUAGAAGAUGAAGAAGAAAAUCGAAAUUUGGAAGAUUUAGCAAUUCAUCUAAGUGGUGUUUUACGAAAACUAAAUAUAAGAAUACUUAACUUAUCUAAACAAAACUCAACAGAUUACAAAUCAUUAGAAAAAGAAUUAAACCAAGUGGAUAAAUUAGGAGUUCCAUAUUCUUUAAUAUUGGAAUACAAGACCCUUCAAAAUGGAUUGCUCAAAUUAAGAAAUCGUGAUACAACUAUCUCAGAGGAAAUCCAUAUUUCCGAACUAACAGAGUAUUUAGCCAAAAUUUUUAACUACUUUUAAGAUUUUCAUUACAUUGUAAUAGUUGUUUAAUUGAUAAUACAGUUUUUUCUAACUUUAUCUUAA